CGCGAGAGCUUGUACCUCCCAUUUUCCCGAGAGGAGAGUUGUAAACAGAAGGAGGCGGAGGGGACCCCCCCUCCAGCCAGAGGGGGCCCCCUGUUCCUGACUCAGCCCUGCCCCAGGGGACAGACCCUCUGCUCCUCCAUGAGCCAGCACUGACCAGGGGAGCCCCCCCGGCCAGCCAGAGCAGGCUCCCGCCUCUCCCACUUGCAGGGCUCCACCGGCCGCCAGGAUGUGGCCCGAGCGCGCCUUCCCCAGCCCCGUCGUGGCCCUCCUGCUCCGUGCCUGCCUGCUGCUCCCCCCGGCGGACGCCUACAUCCACGCGGUGAGAGAUCACAACACCAGCAUGGACUUCGCAGACCUGCCCGCCCUCUUCGGGGCCCUGCUGCCCAGGGAAGGACUCGUGGGCUACCUGCUGGAGGCCAAGCCCAGCAACGCCUGUCAGCCCAUCGAGGGGCCCCCGGACUCCAGCAACGCCACCCGGUUCAUCGCCCUCAUUCGCAGAUACGAUUGCAACUUUGACAUCAAGGUGUUGCACGCACAGCAGGCUGGGUUCGACGCUGCCGUGGUGCAUAACACGGGCUCCAACAAACUGCUCAACAUGGCCUGGAAUGAUGAGAGGAUUCGGGAGCAAAUCGCCAUCCCGUCGGUCUUCGUGGGGGAGACAGCCUCCGACUACCUGCGCUCCAGGUUCAGCUAUGAGAAGGGCGCACACAUUAUCCUGAUCCCUGAGUACAUCUUCCCGCUGGGGUAUUACCUCAUCCCCUUCACCGGCGUGGUCGGCAUCAUCAUCGCCGUGAUGUGCACCAUCCUGAUCAUUCGCUGUGUGCAGCACCGGAAGAGGCUGCGGCGUCACCGGCUCUCGAAGGAGCAGCUGAGGAAAAUCCCCGUCCACAAGUACCAGAAAGGGGACGAGUAUGAUGUCUGCGCCAUCUGUCUGGAUGAGUACGAGGAGGGAGACCGGCUGCGGAUCCUGCCCUGUGCCCACGCCUAUCACUGCCGGUGCGUGGACCCCUGGCUGACGCAGACCAAGAAGACCUGCCCAGUGUGUAAGCAGCGUGUGCUGCGGACGGCCGAGGACUCUGACUCGGAGGGUGAGGGCCGCCAGCGGGGCGAGGAGGAGGAGGAGCAGCCGCACUCGGAGCGAACCCCAUUGCUGGGCCCAUCCUCCACCGCCAGCAGCCCCUCCUUUGGCAGCACGGCCGAGGUGCGGGGCCCGCCCUCCGGCGAGGAAGGCUCUGAGAAGGGGCCCCUGGCCACUCCCCAGGGGCCGCCCCCUGAGGGCCUGGGGGACAGCAUCCUUGUCUGACACCCCGGAUGGACUCCCCGGGGGGCCUCUACCCCCAAGCUUUCUUUGUAUUUUAAACUGUGCACAAAACAGGGGCCCCCACCAGGGAUCCAGGCUUGGACCCCCUUCCUGUGGGACUGGGGUGACCUCCAGCUCCUCUUGGGGCCUGCAGCCCCUGCCCCGGGGGAUCGAUUACGUGCCAAGGCUGUGGGAAACAGGGUGUCAGGGCUUUGCAGGACGGUGGGGGGGGGGCUUUGCACAGCUCGGGGUGUGAGGGGCAUGGGGGGAAGAUGGAUUUGUCCCAGAGGGGAGUGGGGGCUGGUGAGUUAGAGCAGGCGCAGUGGGGGUGGGAGCAGGAGCCAGGACUCCUGGGUUCGCAGGGCAGGGAGCACACAGCCCUGAAGAAACCAGCCACCCUUCCCCCCCUCCGGGGCUCAGCAGCCAGCUGGGUGUAAACACUGCAGCCGGGUGACAUUCCUGCCUGCACGUGGGCCCGCUCCUGGCCUCCCCCCGCGGGCACCCGCCCCACUUCACACCAGCUGCUGGGAUUUGGGAGAGGGGGCUUUGGCCAGCUGCCACUGCCCCUUGCCCCAUUUCAUGGUCCCGCAGCAGGACACAGGGGCAGGCCCACUCUUUCUGGGGCAGAGAGCAGGGAGGAUGUGGGGUAGAGACCGUGCUGGCCCCCACCCCAGGCUAGAAGAAUGUGGCUGCACCCUGGGAGCCGUGGGAAGCCUUGGCUCCCAUAUGGGGGAGGGGGGGUGUUACCCAUAAUCCCAUGGGGUAUAGCCCAUCUGUCUAGUCUGGAGUCUGUCAUGCUGAAGCCUUCAGGCAGGGUGGAUCUAAAGCCAGACCUGUCCUUGCCCCCAGUGGCUACCCCCCCCCCCCGUUAGGAGGCUAGCAGGGGGCAGGGACUGCUUUCCUUUAGUCACAGGCCCCACUCCUGCAGGACUCCCGUCUCCCCCACACCCCCCCUUAACCUGAGAGCCAUUCCAGCCCUUCCUUCUUAGCCCCAGGGGCCAGCCCAACCCCGGCUCCUGCUUUUGAUUUGCAGGCAUGACUUAAAAACUUGGGGUGCAGCAUGGUUCCCCCACCUUCACUCUGCAGAGUUCUGGACCAAAAUGGGGGGUGCCACUGCCCUUCUCCUGUUUGUGCUUUUAGCCCCCUGGGGGGGUCCUGUGGACCACUAACACCUUGUCUGUCUGUCCCUGGCCCAGCUGCGUGGGGCCUGUUCCUUUCACACUACAACCCAUAACCCCCAGGGGGGGUUUACUGGAGCUCAUUCCUCAGCUGCUUUUUUUAACCAAUCAUGGGGUGGGUUGCACCGGGCACCCCAGCCAUGCGUCCAGGGCCCGUCUGGCAGGUCAGGACACCUCUUUGAAUAAAAGAUACUUGCCCUGUA